AUGAAGUUCCUCGCCCUCGCCCUCGCCCUCUCCGCCGCCCCCGCCGCCCUGGCGCAAAACUUCCAGACCUCCUGCCGGGAGAUCAAGGGAUCCGACCAAUACCUCAGCGCCAUCUGCACGGCGAGUGACGGUUCCGAGGUGUGCUCCGAGAUCGACCUCACUGCCUGCCUUCUCAACGUCAACGGCGGCAUUGUCUACGCCAACGACGUGGCCUCUGGCACUGGCGCCGCUUUCGUCGAUGCUAGGAACGGCGAGUUCUCCCGCACUGGCUGCCAGGGCUGCAGCGUUACUGAUGGAACUAUCCUCACCUGCGAGCACUGCCCCGACGGCAGGAACCUCGAUGCUCCCUCUGCCACCUUUGAUCUCUUUAGCCUUGCUAAAACCUAUUCGAUCCCCGAAUGGGCCAAGCCCAUCAACUUCGACCCCCGCACCACCUCCGCCUCCGAGCCCGCCUACCUCCUCUGGAAGCGCUUCUUCACCACCUAUCUCAGCUCCCAAGUCAUCGAGCCCCUGGUAGGCGACUUCAUCGACAAGUACGUCGCCAGCCUCGAAGCCGGCGCGGACCCCUGGAGCCCCGCCUUUGCCGGCUCCCUCGCCCGAGAGUGGCCUCGCAUCGCCGAGCACCUCUACGCUUCGCGUUUCGACCAGACUAGGACCGAGAACGGCGACGCGCCCCAGGCCUGGGAAAGGCAGCUGGGCGACCUCCGCUUCCGUAUGGAGAUCUUUGGGUGCAAGCUGGCCGACGACGGCCGCCUGGGCGCGCCGGAAAUCGGUAGUCUCUCGAGGCUCCACGAGGUGUACGAAGACGGAACCCAGCCAGGCUCGACGCGGAGGUGUACUGAUGGAGAAGACGCUGCCGACUGUGCUGUGCUCAUCCGCAGAAAUGACAUACUCCUCGAGCCUACCGCCGAUUCAUUGUCCUGCGUCAAGAAGCUUCAGGAUCUACAGACAGAAACCAAACCGAAACAACGAGCCCGGAGCCUAAGAGACGGCCCGACCCGCAAACAUGUCAUCCGACUCACCCAGCCCUCGCAGGUCCGCUCCCCCAUCCACCUGGGAAUUCACCUUUGGGAAUUUCGUCUCCUUUGCCGUCACAUCGCCCCUAAACCACGGUUUCGCCCGUUACGUCACCUCCUCCCCGAUAUAUCCGUCGAGACCCUGCGCAGCCCGAUCCUCGGCCCCGCCGCCUUCGCCGACUGGAAGGCCCUCAUGGUUUGUUCCAUAGGCGCCAUCGAUCCCCAGGAUAUAGCUGCCGCCUGGCGAAGAUUUGAAGGCCACGCGGAAAAGGAGCGCCAGUCCCAUGCCGAGGAAAUGCAACAAGACAAUAUGGUGCAGGCACAUAUCGUACAACCCUCCCGCCGAGCCUUUCCCACGACGGAGCCGCAGCGCGGCGUGAGGAAGAGGCCACAGCAAACCAGGGACAGGAGGCGCACCCGCAUGCACCAUCAGGUCAGGCAGGCAAUGCAUGGACAGCAAUGGUACUGGCUCGGCGAACACUACGAGGAAAGUCCGUGA